AUGUCUGAGGCAAGGAAGAAAGGAUUUUAUGAACCGGGAGUGGGCCUAAAGUCAAAGUACUCGAGUUCUGAGGCCGAUCAACCACGGGAUCUGCUGAGGGCUCGUACCGAAAAAGUGGUUUUGGAUACGAACCUGAACAAGGUUCAAGUCGUCCAGUCCGCUGGCCUCGCCGCAAAACAACCGGGAUUCCAUUGUAAGGAAUGUGACUGUGUUGUUAAGGACAGUGUAAACUUCUUGGAUCAUAUUAAUGGAAAGAAACAUCAGCGUGCUCUGGGAAUGACGAUGAAAGUUGAACGAAGUACUCUAGACCAAAUAAAGGCAAAGAUGGCCGAAUUGAAAAAGAAGAAAGAGGAGGGACCCGAGUUUAUUCUGCGCUCUAACGACUUUGAUAAAAUCUUAGAUUUUGAUGCGCAGAUAGAGAAAUCUCAGAAGCAGGAGGAAGAGGAAAAAAGGCGUAGGAAGGAACGCAAAAAAGCGAAGAAGAAAGGCGAGUCAGGAAAAAAUAAUAACAGUGAAUCCGGAAAAAAUGAUAUCAAUGAAGAGGAAAUCAGUCCCGAAAUGGAAAAGCUAAUGGGGUAUUAUAUAACAACAAGUUUAAGUGCAUUUUUGAUCCAACUACAAUGUAUUGACCAUAAAAAUACAACGCUCUACGCAAUCAAUAGAUUUGGCAGUUUCGGAUCAACCAAAUCAGGAUAG